UACAUAUAUUGUUUCGACAGCGACGAUCGCACCUCGCUGCCGAUCAAUCGAUAACGAACAACGGAUCGGAGGUGUUGAUGAUGGGACGACGGUGCAUAACAGAUCAGGUGCUGCUCGCCGCGGUGGUGGUGGUGGCGGCGGCCAGCGGCGGCCUGCUGGUGGCCGCGGUGAAGGACGACGACUUCUUCGUGGACGGCUCGGUGUACUGCGACACGUGCCGGGCGGGUUUCGAGACGAACGCGACGACGCCGAUCGCGGGCGCCAAGGUGCGUCUGGAGUGCCGGCACUACAUGAGCGCGAGCGGCGCGGUGGAGCGGUCGGCGGAGGGCGCCACGGACGCGGCGGGGCGGUACCGCAUCGAGCUGGUGGACAACCGCGGCGCCGAGGAGGUGUGCUCGGUGGUGCUGCUCAGCAGCCCCGUGCCCGGGUGCGCCGAGAAGGAGGUGGGCCGCGACCGCGCGCAGGUGGAGCUGGUCACGGACGCCGGCGCCGGGCUCGCCACCACCGUGCGCCGCGCCAACCCGCUGGGCUUCCUCAAGAGUCAGCCGCUCCCCAACUGCGGCGAGAUACUCAAGAGCUACGGGCUUGGCUCCGGGCCUGGCUACUGACCUGACGGAUGACUCCAUCGGUGUUUAUUAGUAGUUGCGAUUAAUCCAUUCCUUCCUGCUUCUUCUUCAGCAAUGCAUUGCAUGCAGCUCUUUCCAUUUGAUUUGCAUAUGUUUGUUUUUAUUUAAUGAACAUUACGAGUAAUCUCCAUCAGCUAGCUAGCACGAGAAAUUUAGCCA